AAGGAAACGGAGUCGGUGGGGGGUGUCGGGCAAACAUGGUGCGGUGGGCGGAGUUAUAAUCUAGCCGCAUGCGAUUGGCCCUCGUUCCAGCCGUUAUUCUUCGAGUUGUCCAAUUAAACACGAGUUCGUGGGUUUGACCAAUGAAAACACGCCAUCAGAAGCUUCCCUGUCUCUCUGAUAAUUAGCAUAGACCAGUCAAUAAAUGCCUCUGUCCCGCUCUUUCUCAUCAUUGUCUCGUGAGCUUUUGAUCUCCAGCAGCAUCAUGCCUGAACCAGCAAAGCCCGCGCCGAAGAAAGGCUCCAAGAAGGCCGUCACGAAGAGCGCCGCGAAAGGAGGAAAGAAGCGCAGAAAGUCCAGGAAGGAGAGCUACGCCAUCUACGUGUACAAAGUGCUGAAGCAGGUUCAUCCUGACACCGGGAUCUCUUCGAAGGCGAUGGGCAUCAUGAACUCUUUCGUCAACGACAUCUUCGAGCGCAUCGCCGGUGAAGCGUCUCGUCUCGCUCACUACAACAAGCGCUCCACCAUCACUUCCCGAGAGAUCCAGACCGCCGUGCGUCUGCUGCUGCCCGGGGAGCUGGCCAAACACGCCGUGUCUGAGGGCACCAAGGCCGUCACCAAGUACACCAGCUCCAAGUAGAGCUCCGCUGCAGCUCAACACACAAAGGCUCUUUUAAGAGCCACACAUCUUCUCACUGAAAGAGCUUCUGACCGUGG